AAUAAUAGUGGAAAAGGAUUUGGAAAAAGCUAAUGAAAAGUGGAAGAAAAAAGUUAGAGUAUUUUUAGGUGAGAACGAGGGUGAUUUCGAUGAAAAUAAGAGGGAAGAAUUCGUACCACCUCAAGUCUCGACAUUCGACACUGCCCCUGGUCAAGUCGUAGAAGAAGUCUUGAUUUGGAAAUGCUCUAGAAAGAAAGAAAAGGAAGGCACAAGGCUGAAGAGGUUAAGAAACAGCCAAUGCAUGCCUAGAAACCCGAUGAAAGGACUUGCCCUAUACUUACCACAGUGGAAUGAAACUCGCGUAUAUGACCCUGGGGGAAAACAACGAGUAAUCUACCAGGAUCUUAGAGUUUUAAACAUUGACGACGUAAAGCAAAUUAACAUUAGAAGCUUGUGGAACUCGCCUUUAAAUGGG